CUUGCUACUGAUGAUGAUGUUUCUUCCAAACCUGAAAAAAAUGAUUAUACUUCAUCAUCAACCAUCAUUACUUCCGCUCGUAGAAAUAUCACCUGUCAAUUUGAUUCAAAUAAUAUGAUGUUUCCAACUGAAGACUCAUCUUAUACCCCACCUUCACCUGAUGAUACUUUACGACAAGCACUCAACUAUGUUUCUGAUCGAGAUUACAAUAAAUAUUGUGAUAGUUGGGAUCUUAUUCAUGGUUUCUCUGAUGACUUACAUUUGGAUAAUCAAGAUUGUGGUAACUGGCAAGAUCAAUUUUCUAUUCUUCAAAAACAAAGAUUACAACAACUUGAACAACUCAAGGCUGGUACCUUGCAAGAUGAUAUUCCUACCUUUGCUUCUUAUGUUUGUCAAGAAGAUCCUCUGCAUCGUGGAUCUCAUGGAUGUGGUGGUUUAGCUGAUCGUAUGAGUGGUAUGGUAUCUACUUUCUUUUAUGCAUUGAUGACCAAUCGUGGAUACCUUAUGAAUUGGCAAGAAGGUGAUCCUACAUCCUUGGAAUCUGUUUUUGAAAAACCAUCCAUUGAUUGGUCCUUUGAUCCAGCAGAAAUGAAAAAAUUAUAUGAUACCAAUGAUUUAGGUUAUGAAUCCGUCAACACUUUGAAUUUUAAUUGGGAAAAAAUCCGUGCUGCUAUCUUUCCUGAUGGUCCUUCUCAAGAUUUUCAACAAUUAUGGUCUGCUCCUUAUGUAGAAGUCAAAUCAAAUCGAGGUUACAUUAUACGCACUUUUGAUUAUUCGACAAGAUAUGGUGCUCAACUUGAAGAAAUGGGAUUAACCAAGGGAAAUAGUUUUCGAUGUAUUCUGGAUUACUUGUUUCGACCUACUCUUGGUUCACGGCGCUUCAUCAAUGCCUAUAAACAACUCUUUCAAAUGGAAAGUGUACUCAGUAUUGGGAUUCAAAUCCGAACGGAUGAUCAAGCAAUGGCCCACCCUGAAGAUGAUACCAACAACUUUGAAACAUGGGAUUACUUUUUGACAUGCGCCAAUCGUCUCCGUGAUGCCAAACGACAACCUCAUCAUCAACGUGUGGUAUACUUUUUGCUCACAGACAGUAACAGGCUACGACAGGAAUUUGUAGCCAUGAAUACCGAUCAAGCAUUACGUGACCGAUACAUUCAAAGUGAAGAUACUUCCAUGGUGGUCACUGGUUUACCCAUUGAACAUAUUGAAGCCAAGACGGUGAAGACAAAAUUUGAAGCCAACAUUACUGCUCAAGAUUCAGAUCAUGAACGUUUAUUAGCCGGGGUCAAUAGUGCCGUCAUUGACAAUUGGUUACUUAGUUAUACAGAUUAUCGUUUGAUCAGUAGACAAGGUUUUGGGAAAAUGGCUGCUUUCCAUGCAAAUGAUCCUCGAUCUACCAUCAGUUUACCUCGGGUGGAUAGAAAAGAUCAUGUAGUGAAUUGUGCCAAUCCAAACGUAUUUACAACUUUUGAUACCCUCAGCACCUGGUGGAGCUUGGGGUGA